CUGGCAGUGUUUUGAAGUUAUGACGAAGGUCUAUAUUCUUUAUGAGCACGCGUUGGGAUAUGCAUUAUUUCGAGUCAAAAUCAAGUUAUCAGAUGCUUCAGAUGUAACUGCAUUACAACAAUUAGCUGCAGAGUUAUUGGAAAAUGAAGAAGAUUUUAUGAAGUGUUUCAAAUUGCAUGCAUUUGUCCCUUUCUCUUCUUCAGCAAGUGCAUUACAAAAUUGUAAUGGAAUAUCUGAAGGCAUUGUUCCACAAGAACUUAAAGCAUUCAUAGAAGAGAAUUUACCUGCUUCUUCUAGUGUUUUACUUUGUAUUGCAGAUCGAAAACUUGCUGAAUCGCUUAAAGCGCCUGAAAUUGGAUUGCCAGAAACUAUAUCAUGUUCCUCGGAAUCCAUUCUUCAUGAAGUCUAUCGAGCUUUACGAUUUUAUUUUCCUAAAUACAUCAAUGAAUUUUCUCAUUUCGAUGAAUCCAAAGCUCAAAUAGGUUUAGGUCAUAGUUAUUCUAGAGCCAAAGUGAAAUUCAAUAUCUAUAGAAAUGACAAUAUGAUUAUUCAAUCCAUAAAUUUACUAGAUCAAUUAGAUAAAGAUGUGAAUAAUUUUUGCAUGCGUGUCAAAGAAUGGUUCUCUUAUCAUUUUCCAGAAUUGUCAAAAAUUGUUCCUGACAAUGCAACAUUUGUCAAACUAGUCGGUCUUAUUCGUACUCGAGCUGGUGCUACAGAAGAGAAUUUUGAAGCAAUAGAAGCUUUAACUAAUAAUCAAAUUGCUUCAGAUAUUAUUGAAUCUGCUAAAUCAUCCGUUGGUUUUGAUAUCACAGAUGAUGAUGCUGAGAAUUUAGCAACAUUCACGGAAAAAAUAAGUGCAUUAAUUGAACGUCGACGUCUAACACAAGAAUAUUUAGCUAAGAAACUUGCUGGUGUAGCUCCAAACCUCAGUACAAUGAUUGGGGAGAGAGUAAGUGCAAGGUUAAUUGCACAUGCGGGAUCUUUGACAAACCUGGCUAAAUUCCCUGCUUCAACAAUUCAGAUAUUGGGAGCGGAAAAAGCAUUAUUUAGGGCAUUGAAAACUCGUGGUGCUACACCAAAGUAUGGAUUGAUAUAUCAUAGUCCAUUUAUUACGCGUGCUGCACGAGAAAAUAAAGGAAAGAUCUCUAGAUUUUUAGCUGCAAAAUGUGCUAUAGCCUCUCGAAUUGAUUGCUUCAGUGAAGUGCUUUGUGACAUAUAUGGGAAACAUUUAAAACAACAGAUUGAAGAUAGAUUAAAUUAUUUUGAGACUGGCACUACGCCUCCUACAAAUGCUGAAGCAAUGGCACGUGCAAUAGCUGAAGUAAAUAAAUAUAUACAACGAAUGAAGAAAAAAGCUAUUAAAACAUUGAAUAAAAGAGAUUCUGAUAGUCAAGAAGAAGCGAUUACCACAACUGUUGAAACAUCAACAAUGGUAGAUCGUAAAAAGAAACGUAAGAAAAAACGUAAUUUAAAUGGAGACAUUAUUAACAAUACUACUACUACUACAACCGUUGAUAAUCAGAAUGAAUUAGUAGUGAAUCAUGAUGAUGAUAAUGUUGAUGAUGAUGAUGAACAACAGCAAGUUAAUACAACAAACCAACAUCAACUAUUAUUGAUGACUACUAAUAAUCAUGAAGAACAAAAUAUUGUUGUAAAGAAAAAGAAAAAACGUCAUCAUUCUGAAUCGGCCAAUGCUAUUAUUGAACAGUCAACAAUGAUGAAUGGUGACAAUGUUGCUUCUUGUCUUGAUACUUUAACAACGCCAAUAAUGAAGAAUCGUAAACGAUCUGCUUCUGAGUCUAGUAUUCUCUUAGAAGAUAGUUUAAAAAAGAAGAAAAGGAAAAAAUUAGUCAUACAAUGAGUGAGUGAGUGAGUGUUGUGCAAAUGUGAAUACUGACUGCCAUUUAUUGUAAAUAACAUUGGUGGAAAUUUCCCUUUUCUUUUUUGUACAAUAUGAAAAUUUGUAACG